AUGUCAACAAAAGAGGAUAAACAAUAUUUUAAGACAGGAGUAGUAGGAUUUGUGUUCAUGUAUUCAGUGCUUAAAUUUGGCCAUUACUUUAACAAUAAUCGAAAGACGAAGAAUCAAAUAAAAAAAUUGAAAUCAUACCCAAUAAAAAAUGUAUCCGAAGUAGUGAAAGAGGCUUAAAAUCAAACCAAAUCAAACAUCUGCUUUAUUGAAGGAAUUCCUCAAUAAGGAUCUCUACAUUCUACAUUUAAAAAAAUUCCUGUAAUAUUGCGAAUUUAAUAAAGAACAUCACUCUUUUCAUGUGAUUCCUUCUUGGAGCCACGAAUAAAGUUUGAUUGGAAGGAGGCAAGUGUAUCAUCUGAUUAUUAAAUAGACAAGCCCCCAUAUUUUGCUUUGAAGGAUAAAUUAACUCAGAAUGAAGCCCAUGUAUCUAUAAGAGAUGACACAGAUGUAUCUGCAGCCUUAAUGAGUUUUGGUUUCAAGGAUGAAAAACGUUCAUUGUCAUUUGCAGAACACAUUGGAAAUUAUGCAACAAUUUUCUACUCCUCCAUAUUCAGAGUGUUUGGACCUAUUGCCCUUACUUAAGUGCUAUUUAGGGAUAGCUCAUUCAAGGGAGUACAUAUAGGAUAUAGAGACAAUGAAUUUGGAAUAAAGGCUGACGGAUUGUUGUCAGUAUUGGGACAAGCAGUAUACAAUACAGAUACAAAAAAAAUAACUAUUGAAAAUCCUUUGGCAUUAACCUUGUCUAAGAAUAAUUACAUCUAUUAAUUGGAGAAGAAGUUGUAGGAGAAUGGAGUGGCUAUUAACUUUUGGUUAGUUUUGACUUUUCUUAGUGGUUUGUAUGUUAGUAGAAGGAUAUAUUUGUAUAACAAAAAGCAUCCCAAGAUAUUGCAGAAGGUGAUUGCUUUUAUCAAAAAACAUGUCUUAAGAAGGGGACAAAAUAUUGAGGGCGAUGCUGCAAUUAACCAGAUAGCGAAGCCAUAGGAGAAUUUGCCUGAUGAAAAGAAGGCGUAGGCAAAUGAAACAGCCACAGCAUUUUAAUGA